CUACUCUCUCACCUGGUUCUGUUCUCUCUCUCUCAUUUCACGUUUGUAACUCAGUGGAGAAGAAAGAUCCAAGUCGAUCCGUUGCAAAAAGUUUUAGGGAUUUCGAAUUUUCCGAGCUAUGUCGAGUGCGGUGGACGCGACGGGUAACCCGAUCCCUACUUCCGCGGUGUUGACUGCGUCGGCGAAGCAUAUAGGUUUAAGAUGUAUGCCGGAGAACGUCGCCUUCCUCAAGUGCAAGAAGAAUGAUCCUAACCCCGAGAAGUGUCUCGACAAGGGUCGUGACGUCACUCGCUGCGUGCUUGGCUUGUUGAAGGAUCUACACCAGAAGUGCCAAAAGGAGAUGGAUGACUAUGUGGGGUGUAUGUAUUACUACACAAACGAGUUUGAUCUGUGUAGGAAAGAGCAAGAAGCCUUCGAGAAAGUGUGUCCUCUGAAAUGAGAAUCACAAGUUAUUGUCAAUGUUUUAAUUUGCAAUCUCCUAAUAAAGCAAAAUGUUCAUUUUUGAAUGAGCUUUACUCUCUCCUCUUUUUGUUGUUGUCAUCACCAUUUUUUUUUCUCUCAAAUGCUUUCGUAGCAAGUUUUCAAAGACAAUGAAAUGACUCGAUUCUCAUUGUUUGAUGGUUCUUUAAUCAGCACAGAAUGGAUUUCUCGAGUAAUAAUCCGUGUUCAUGAGCUUU